UGCAACGAGUACGUAUUUACGUUUACGCUCACUCGCCGAUUUAACCGGCUAAACAUAAUAAUUUCACUAUCGUCAUUGAACGUCUUCGUGUCUAAUAAACAGCAAUAUAUUACAAUAUUAUUGUAUCGUCGUAGUUUGUUCACACGGAGAUUCCAAUGGAAUUAUCCGGUAUGGACAGAUUUUGCGGAUCGACAUUUUGGGACUGGAACUUGUCCUGGAAUACCACCGAUCCUGAUGUCACGCCAUGUUUUGAAAAGACCUUUCUAGUCUGGGCACCGUGCCUGUUUUUGUGGCUUUUCUCUCCACUAGAGAUCUAUUACUUGGUGAAUAGUAAAUACAAAGACAUACCAUGGAACAGGCUCAAUAUGACGAAAGUGGCUGGUAUAUCUAUAUUAUGUAUUAUAUCAAUAUUCGAUAUUGUAUAUGCAACAAUUCGAUAUUUAUUGGGGAUGGAUGUAUUUGGUGUAGAUAUCUAUUCACCACUUGUUAAACUAAUAACAUUUGGAUUUGUCACAAUCUUAAUUUGUACCAAUCGAGCUAGAGGGUUAAGGUCAUCUGGGCUAAUAUUUCUGUUUUGGUUAUUCUUGGCAUUUUUUGGAGUGGUUCAAUAUCGAACGGAACUACGAUUAGCAUCGUAUGAUGUACCAUUUAAUAAUUAUCCAUUUAUAAGUUAUAUGGUUUACUACCAUAUUAUCUUAAUAGAGUUUGUUCUAAGUUUCUUUGCCGAUGCUGAACCUAGGAAAUCUGACUAUGAACCCAUCCAGGUACCAUGUCCUGAGAUGAAAGCAUCAUUUCCAUCGAAGGUAUUAUUUUCAUGGUUUGACUCAUUUGCUUGGUCUGGCUACAAGCGCCCCAUAGAAUCCAAAAGUUUAUGGAAUAUGAACUAUGACGAUAGUUCACAAGAAGUAGUUUCAGUCUUUGAUAAACAUUGGGAACGUUCAUUAAUUAAAGCGAUAUUAAAAGUUAGUAAAAACGUAGCUUCCGUUAAAAAUAAACCUGAUGUGAGUAUAAUCGAAUUAUCGCCCGCAAAAUAUUCACUUAAAAACCAAUACAAAGUAUCAAUUCUUCCUGUUUUGUGUAAAUCAUUUGGUAGUACAUUUUUGUUUGGAUCAUUUUUAAGAUUAAUUGUGGAUUGUUUAAUUUUUGUCAGCCCUCAAGUACUUAAGUAUUUGAUAAGUUUUGUUGGAAAUUCGACAGAGCCUUUAUGGAGAGGAUAUUUUUAUAUUUUUCUUUUGAUGAUGACAGCAAUGUUGCAAACGUUAAUAUUCACUCAGCACUUUCAUCGUAUGUAUCUCGUUGGUAUGCGUGUUCGCACUGCACUUACUUUGGCCAUCUAUCGAAAGACUUUAAGACUUUCAACCAUGGCAAGAAAAUCAUUCACAACAGGUGAAAUAGUUAAUUUAAUGGCAGUAGACGCGCAUAGAUUUAUUGAUCUGAUACCUUUAUUGAAUUUUAUUUGGUCUGCACCACUCCAAAUUUUUCUUGCUGUGUACUUUUUGUGGCAGCUAUUAGGACCAAGUGUACUUGCUGGAAUAUUUGUGAUGAUAUUAUUAAUACCAAUAAACGGUGCUGUGGCUAAUAAAUCAAUGAAACUUCAGGACAAACAAAUGACAAACAAAGAUCAAAGACUUAAAUUAAUGAACGAAAUUUUGUCGGGAAUUAAAGUCUUAAAAUUAUAUGCCUGGGAACCUUGUUUUGAACAAAAAGUGUUGGAUAUUCGAAGAAAAGAAACAAAUGUUCUUCGCAGUACUGUUUAUUUUAAUGCAGCUACUUCAUUUAUUUGGACUUGUGCACCACUUCUGGUAUCAUUAUUAACAUAUUCAGUUUAUGUUUUAUCCGAUGAUAACCAUAUAUUGGAUGCAGAAACAGCUUUUGUUUCUCUAUCAUUAUUCUACCUUUUACGUUAUCCAUUAUCCUUGUUACCAAGGUUGGUGUCAAAUAUAGUUGAAACAAGUGUAUCUGUAAAGCGAAUAAAUAAGUUUAUGAACGCUGAAGAAUUGGAUCCAGAUUCCGUCACUCAUGAUUCUGAUGAAAAGGAUCCUCUUGUAAUUGAAAACGGUACAUUCACUUGGGGUGACCCAACUGAUGCACCAACAUUAUCAAACAUCAAUUUACGAGUUUCAACUGGAAAAUUGGUUGCUGUAGUGGGUACUGUUGGUUCUGGAAAGAGUUCUUUGGUGUCAGCUUUCCUUGGUGAAAUGGGAAAGAUUUCUGGUAGAGCUAACACGAAAGGAUCUAUAGCAUAUGUACCACAGCAAGCUUGGAUACAAAAUACAUCACUUAAGAAUAAUAUAUUGUUUGGCCAAACAUUUGAUAAUAGAGUUUAUAAAAAUGUCAUUGAUGCAUGUGCAUUGAAAGCUGACUUCCAAAUGCUUCCAGCAGGUGAUGACACAGAAAUUGGUGAAAAGGGUAUCAAUUUAAGUGGAGGCCAAAAACAAAGAGUAAGUUUGGCAAGAGCAGUUUAUAAAGAGAGUGACAUCUAUUUUUUAGAUGACCCAUUAAGCGCUGUUGAUUCAAAUGUUGGUAAACAUAUUUUUGAACACGUUAUUGGACCUACAGGAUUGUUGCGAAAAAAAACACGAAUUUUGGUCACUCAUAGUAUAACUUAUCUCAGAGAAGUCGAUUUAAUUGUGGUAAUGAAAGAUGGACAAGUAUCAGAGUCUGGAACAUAUAAAGAAUUGAUAGAUAAAAGAGGAGAUUUUGCUGAUUUCUUAUUUUUGCACAUGCAGGAACAAAAUGAAAAUAAAGUUGAUGAAAUAGUAAUUAAUAAGUUAUUAGAAGACGUACCUGCCGAUUUAAAAGAAAAAUAUGUUAUUCAGCAAAGUGAUAAGAAUUCAAAUUCUUCAAUGCAAAGGCAACUAUCUAUUGAUUCAAAUAAACCAGUUCCUCUACCUAUGAUGGAAGAAAAAGCCAAACUUAUUGAAUUAGAGAAAGCAGAAACCGGUUAUGUCAAAUGGGAUAUUUACACUCAGUAUAUUAAGUCAUCUGGAACUAUUUUUUGCAUAACUUCAGUUUUAUUAACAUUUAUAUACCAAGGUUUUCAUAUAUUAUCGAGCAUCUGGCUGUCAAUAUGGUCUAAUGAUGAUAGUUCACUAACUCGUGAAACCGAAAAUGAUAGUAAAAGGUUUAUGCACUUAACAGUUUACGGACUACUUGGCUUUGGUCAAAUUUUUUCAUCGAUAGCAUCAUCAAUAACUUUUUCGUUGGGCACAAUACUUGCUGCUGAAAAGUUAUAUAAAUUGAUCAACGCACGCAUCUUUAAGAAUCCACUAAGCCUGUUUGAUACAACACCUGUUGGACGUAUAUUGAACAGAUUAUCUAAGGACAUUGAUACCAUUGAUAAUGUAUUACCAUUAUUGAUUAAAUUACGUAUACAAGUUACAGUUUCGGUCAUUGCUACUUUGAUCGUUAUCAGUUAUAGUACACCUAUAUUUACAGUGAUUAUUAUUCCUAUUGCUAUAAUUUAUUACAUCAUACAGAGAUUUUUCGUUGUGACUUCGAGUCAACUGAAAAGACUCGAGUCUAUUUCUCGUUCACCAAUUUAUUCACAUUUUAGCGAAACGAUUGCAGGGGCUACAUCGAUUCGUGCUUAUGGUGCACAAUCUAAAUUCACACUUCAAACCGAACAAAUAGUGGAUUUGAACCAGUCUUGUUAUUACCCAAAAAUCGUUGCCGAUAGAUGGAUAGCUUUAAGGGUAGAAACAAUUGGUAAUUUUAUUAUUUUCUUCGCAUCGAUGUUCUCAGUAUUGGGAAGAGAUACAAUAAGUCCAGGUAUUGUUGGUUUGUCCGUCAGUUAUGCUCUACAGAUCACACAAUUACUCAAUCUGUUGGUAAGAGUGACUUCUGAUGUCGAAACUAAUAUUGUGGCCGUUGAGCGUAUUAAAGAAUAUGCAGAAACACCUCAAGAAGCUCCAUGGGAAGUACCAUCAACUCAGCCACCCAGUGAAUGGCCUACUAGGGGAGAAAUACAAUUUCAGAACCUUAAACUUCGUUACCGUGAAAGUUUAGAUUUAGUAUUAAAAGGUUUAGAUUUUUUAGUGGAAGGAGGCCAAAAGGUGGGAAUAGUUGGGCGUACCGGAGCCGGAAAAUCGUCUUUGACUCUUAGUUUAUUCCGUAUCGUCGAAGCUUCCGAAGGAUCAAUUCUUAUCGAUGGCGUUGAUAUAUCUAAAAUUGGAUUGCAUACGUUACGUAACCAUCUCACAAUUAUUCCUCAGGAUCCAGUAUUGUUUUCUGGUACAUUGAGAAUGAAUUUGGAUCCAACUAAUAGUAAUACGGACGCACAGCUGUGGAGUGCCCUAACACUUGUCCACUUAAAAGCAUAUGUUGGGGGGCUGGCUAGUGGUUUGGAUUAUGAAGUGUCUGAAGGAGGAGAAAAUUUAAGUGUGGGCCAAAGACAACUAGUGUGUUUGGCGAGAGCAUUGUUGAAGAAGACAAAAAUAUUAGUGUUAGACGAAGCGACGGCGUCAAUCGAUUUGGAAACAGACAAUCUCAUACAAGCAACCAUACGAUCGGAAUUCAAAGACUGCACAGUGUUGACGAUCGCUCAUCGUCUGAACACCAUUAUGGAUUCUGACAAGGUAAUUGUGUUGGACAAUGGUUUCAUGAUCGAAUACGACUCACCUGCCAAUUUGGUACGAGACAAAUCGUCGGUUUUCUAUUCGAUGGCAAAGGAUGUAGGUCUAGCGCCAUAACGAUGUUCGGACAACGGUGCAACACUUAGGUUCUAUACCCUUAAGAUAAUUUUACUAAAUAUGUCGUAAUAUCUUGUCAGAUAAUUUAUGAAAAUGUCACAUCAUAAUAAUUAUUUCGAACGACGUGUCCACAUAUUAUAACCUGCACUGCAGGGCGAAGCGUGCCCAAUCGAAUUCUGUCUUUGUUAUACUAAUCGUUCGUGUUAUGUUAUAACUUAUAAGUAUAAUAUGUGCCUAUGUAAUGUAUUAACUUGUUGUUUAUUUGGUCUUGUAUUCGUGUUAAAAAACGGUUGCGUACCUAUAUUAGAAUUUUAAAAAGUUUCAGCAUAAUAUUGUGUUUAGUGUGGUACGUUU